AUGUUUUGCUUAAUUUGUUUGGCUUUGAUCGUUUCGGUUGAAUGUGGCUUUCAUUACCCUUUGAAUAACGGGUUCAAAUUAGCUGACAAUGGGUAUCAUAAAGCUGUAAAGGAACAAAAAGACUAUGGAGAAGCUAAAACUGUGAUUAACAAUAUACAGGCUGCCAACGAUUUAGUAAGUGAAUUUUGCACAGACAAUUACAAUGUGAGAGAAAUAUACGAUGAUGAAGUGUAUAGAAUUAAAUACAAGUUUCAAAAUGAUAUAGAAGAUUAUAUUACUGUUAAGAUUAACCAUAGAGUAGUUUAUGUUGUUUUAAAAAUGAAAAACGGCAGUGAAGUUAAAGACAUUCGCAUUAUCCCUCAAGAUUUAGAAGCAACAAAUGCCAAUUGGAAAAUUGACCGUGAACAUCUUAUCGUUACUAUUCCUUAUAAAAAUGAAAGAAAUAUUGAAGUAUCGUGUGGAAAAAAUAAACAAAACCCAAAGCUUGUAGAAGUCCCAUUAAGUCCGGAUUAUAGAGUUUCUGGGUAUUAUUAUCGUUACAGAUAA